CAAACCGUUCUCUCUCAGGCGGCGCUAAAUUUCAAAUGGGGAAUUCCGUACAAGGGACGACUCGCUAGCUACAUAUUUAAGGCACAAUAUUAAAAGUUAAGCAUUUACAUCCCGGAUACAGUUUUACGAUUUAAUCUUCUGUGGGGCUUUCGACAUAAUGAGUGCAGUGUCUACCCCCACCUCCCGGAUGCGGCAAUGGCCUUCCCCGUCUGUGGGGCCAAAGGGAGCUCUUUCUGCAACCAGCACCCCGCGACUUUCUUGUUUUCCUGGUAACGAUGACGAACAUGAGCGACGUCAAAGGCGUAGGUCCAGAGUAAUUGACCUCCAAGCGGGGGCUGACUCUUCUUUCAACGAUGCUGCAUCGCACAGUAAUGCUGGGACCCCUGCUGCUGUGCCCAAGCUGUCCACCGCCCAGAUCUCUGAACACUAUUCCACAUGCAUCAAACUCUCCACUGAAAAUAAAAUUACAACCAAAAAUGCCUUUGGUCUGCACCUCAUUGACUACAUGGCAGACAUUCUAAAGCAGAAGGACUCUGACCUCAAUUUCAAGGUUGCUGCAGGUACGCUGGAUGCCAGCACCAAGAUCUACGCGGUCCGAGUGGACGCAGUCCAUGCUGAUGCUUACAGGGUCCUGGGAGGCUUGGGCUCUGAGACCAAGCCCAAGGAAGGGCCGGACUCUGGGGAGGAUGCAGCUGCUGAGGACGGUAACGAGGGGAAGCAGAUAGCAAAGAAGAAGCGCGCUCCCAAAAAGACCGUGGAGCAGAACCUGGGCAACAUCAACCGCUCUGAGUCAGAGAUGAAGUGUGAGGUGGACCCCAUGUUCCAGCGCAUGGCGGCAUCCUUCGACGAGAACAGUACGGCCGGAGUCUUCCUGUCUGUGCUGUUCAGCGAAGACAGUCGCUGUGAGCUCCUCUUCCCCUCCCACAUGACCCUGCUGCACUCAAGGUCCCCCUGCAGCUCCAUGCCCGUGCAGUAUGUCCCCGCACGGCCCCUCACUGGCGGUCUUAAGUCCCUGGAAGAGCGUGUCAUCUGCCCAUCACUGGAGGACUUCUCAUUCACAAGAUGGUCCCCUGAUCAGACUAUGAAUCAGCUGCUGGAGAAGAUGAAACAGGGAGAGCACGUGUUUGACGUAAAUGCCGCCAUUGAGCCGGAUGAAGAGGAUUGCCAAGACUUUGGGGACAACUUUGACGCAGAUGGUGAAGAAAUCGGCCAGGGGGAUUUCGGCGGAGAGGGUGUCGACGAGCACAAAGAGGGCUGUGCCAACCGAAAAACAGACAAACGUGGCGUUAUACCAAUUGGAGAAGCGGACAUCACAACCAUGUGUCUCCAGCUGUCCUCUCAGCCCAGAGAGUACUCGUACUUCAGCCCCAAAACCAUGGCAUCAUGGGUAGGACCUGGUUACUGGCUCUUCAAACCAGGACAGAAGCAGGAUCAAACACAAGACAAAGAAGCCCAAAAGAGGGCACCAAAGAGUGCCCUGGUCAUCGACUUCAAUGAAGACAUUCACUUCCACAAUUAUUUCAAGACCACAAGAGCAGCCACCACCAUCAGUAAGUCGGCCUUAAACACCAGCAAUAAGAAGACCACUCUUCCUUCAGACUUCCAGUAUCCCCUGAAAAACUUGUCUCAGCUCAGUCUCAAGCCCUCCAGCACGCUGUGUGCGGAGGGGAAGAAGAGGUUGUCUGGAGAGCUUGGAGAGGGCAUUGGGGAGUAUGACUACAACAACCCCAAUGACACGGCCAACUUCUGCCCUGGUGUUGAGAGAGGGGACAGCGAUGAUGAGACGGAUGAGUUUGGGCCUUCUAUAGACGGCCUCACCCCAACCUCACCGGGCCAUGACGGUGUCUCCACGUACGGCGAGGACAACUUGGUGCCAGAACCACACAAGGUGAACACAAUCGAGAUCAAUUAUGCUAAAACGGCUAAGAAGAUGGACAUGAAGAGACUGAAGACCACCAUGUGGGGGCUUCUCACUGACAGUCUUGAGAAACCAGUGGAGGAAACCGCCACUGACACAAGUGAUGCCAAGCAAGAAGAAAUUGCUGGAGAGAAAUCCUUCAGUCAGUCCACCCGGAACCUGUUUCAGAAACUGCCCAGCACUAUGGCAAACAACCUGUCCGUCCCUCUGGCCUUUGUUGCCCUAUUGCACUUGGCCAAUGAAAGAAAUUUGUCACUGUUAAAAGUGGAUAACAUGUCAGACAUCAUCAUCAAGCAAGACCACUAAGGAUGGACUGAUGCUGUGCUCAUGGCUUAUACUAUUUUUGUACUCUUUAUCGCCAUUUUAACUUUUAAGUUUUAACAUACUUAUUCACCAUUUUGAUAGUGUCUGUGAAAUACCUGGCCACCAUCUUCUAUAUUAAAGUAUACAGUUGUUUUGGCUUGAUAACAUUUGUAGACUUACUUAUAAAGUAUUUUUGUAAAUGCUUUUCUAUGGUGUCCUGGACAUAAUUACUGUGAUGACACCACCCAUGUGUCUGUUGCACAAAUCUGUAUAGACAUGUAGAAUGUACUAUAUUUACAUUUUAAACUGAAUGAACUAGCUCCAUAUAAGGCCAAACGAACUGGUUGGUCAUGACUUUCUUUUCUUACUGACGAGCCUUGCAUAUGUUUGUCACCUUUAUGUGUUGUCUGACCCGUUUUUUUAUAUGUUGGCUGCAUUCUGAAAAUUAAAAACAUCUUUUUAUUAAAAGGGA